AUGGGACCUCCAAGGCCAUUUAUGAGUACAAGCUCCGCGACGAGCGCAAGAUUUGCUGAAGAGGAUAGACCAGAAACAUUUGAAACUGAAGCACCAUGUACUUCCACCGCUAGAGUUGAUGAAGAAAUACUGUUGGAUAGACCAGUUGAGACCGUAACUAAACCUGUUUCCCCCGGUACACCACAUGUAGUGACAUCGUCAGAUGGUGAUGAUAUUUUUGAGGAGCCAAAAUCAAGGAUGGAGUUCAGUUCAUUUGAAGAUCUGUUGAGCUAUUAUAAGCAGCAUGCGAAAAGAUGUGGGUUUGGGGUGAUGACACAAAGGAGUGAGAGGUCUAAUAAUCACGGUGUGAGAUAUGUUACUCUUGGUUGUGCACGGGGAGGGAAGGCCUGGAUUAAGAGUUCUAAUCCUGCAAACCCACGUCCGACGGGGAAGACAGAUUGUAAGGCCCGGAUUAAUGCACUAAGAAUUGAGGGGAAGAUGCGGUUGACAACAGUGAAUAAUACACAUAAUCAUGUAAUCAACCCUCAGAAAUCCCGCUUCUUUCGAUGCAAUAGAGCAGUUAGUAAAACCGUUAAAAGAGUCCUAGACCCAAAUGAUUUAGCUGGCAUCCGAAUGAACAAGAGUUAUGGAUCUCUUGUGGUUGGCGCAGGUGGCUUUGAGAACCUCCCUUUUUUGGAAAAGGAUUGUCACAAUUACACCGACAAAGCCCGUCAUCUGCGACUUGGUGCAAGUGGUGCUGGAGCACUUCGUGACUAUUUUAUGAGAAUGCAAUACAAGAAUAAUGGCUUUUUUGCGUUGAUGGAUUUAGACGAUGACGGGCGGUUAAAAAAUGUUUUUUGGGCAGAUCCACGAAGUCAGGCUGCUUAUCAGUAUUUUGGUGAUGUCGUGACAUUCGACACCACAUACCUGACUAAUAAGUAUGGGAUGCCCUUUGCACCUUUUGUCGGUGUAAACCAUCAAGGACAGUCGAUUCUGUUAGGAGCUGGAUUGAUUUCCAAUGAGGACACGGAGACAUUUACAUGGCUGUUCCAAACCUAG